AUGUUGUGGGCGCGCGCGGCUCAAACACCCGACACACACCGAAACAUGUACGCGUAUCUCGCGCUCGCUAUUGUGCUUGCAGCGUCUGCACUAACGGCUCCAACGCCUCGCGACCGUUUCGGAUAUGAAAGAGAAAUAGACACCAGAUACAACCAGGUCCCAAAACUGUUGGACUAUGUGCUUAAUGAGGAAUACAUAAAUGCACAGAAGAACAGAGCCAAACUUGUUACAAAAUUGCGGCCGGAAGAAGCUGUGGUCGCUGACAAUGUGAUUUUGGAAUCUAAUGUAGUGAAGAUCGUAAAACCUGCGAAGAAAUUAGACAGUGGUGAACUUGUGCGACAGAGACGCGGCUACAAUUUGGAAAAUGUGAUAGUUCCCGCUAGAUACCCUUAUCUUCCAGUAGUGCGGUACAACCGUUUCCGCCGGUGGGGCUAGUGGCUUCGCAGGUUGCCGUACUAUCAAAUGUCAAGGUUGCAUUGAAGCUAAUCAACAGCGGGACAUGCCUAUAGCGCAUCAGAACGCGUAAGCUGUCGCAAACAGGCUUUAUUGCAUUAGGUAUUAUUAUGAAGUGGCUGUGAUCGAAUGCUAAAGUCCUUUUUGCGAUGUUUAAGGCUUCGUAUGAAAUAGUUAAGAGUAAUCAAAGUGAAAAGACAAUUAUCAUU